CUGCGCACAGCAUCCCCAGUCCACUCUCCCCUGACAGGACGGUCGCACUGCAGCAAGCUGUGAGGAGCUGACGGAAAAAUACUUUUUACAGCCAAGAAGUCAGUCCAUCCUGCGUCAGCUGAAAUGCUGCUGAGAAGAGUCCGACAUGUCCAAACUCUUCCACUUCUCUGUGCAGUCUGCCAUCUCACUCUGGCGUUCCCCACCCAAACACCAUCUGCAUAUGAUGAUGUCCAGUCCCUCCAGGUGAACAUCCCCCACUCAGGUCCGGUUUCUGCCCCAUUGGGCAGCUCCAUCUCCAUCCCCUGCUUGGUGUCUCUAUCCUCCAUACCCACCACCUCCUCCUCUUCCCCUGUUGUACCGCGGGUCAAGUGGACUGUGGUGUCCGAUGGGGUGGAGACGCAGAUCUUGGUGGCGCAGGGUGAAAGGGUGAAGGUCAACGAAGCAUACAAGUACCGCGCCGCAUUGCUCAACUACACGUACUCCUCUGAUGAUGUGUCACUGUGGCUGGGACAUUUGCACUCCAGUGACUCGGGUCACUAUCGCUGCGAGGUGCAACAGGGCCUGGAGGACGCCAGUGACCUCAUACAACUCAAGGUCAAAGGUGUUGUAUUUCACUACAGAGAUGCCCUGGGCCGGUAUGCGUUUUCCUUCCAUCAAGCCCAGAGGGCUUGUGAGGCCAUCAAGGCAGAAAUCGCCACUGCCGACCAGCUUCUGGCAGCAUAUUAUGAUGGAUAUGAGCAGUGUGAUGCAGGCUGGCUGGCAGACCAGUCUGUCAGGUACCCAAUCCAAAUGCCCCGUGAAGGUUGCUAUGGAGACAUGAAUGGGCAACCAGGAGUGAGAAACUACGGGACAAUGGAUCCAGAUGAUCUUUUUGAUGUUUACUGUUACGUGGAACAAAUGCACGGAGAGGUGUUCCAUGACUCUGUGCCGCAGCGGUUGUCAUUUGAUGAAGCAAAGUCAUACUGCCGAGCUGCCGGGGCAGAGCUGGCUACAACAGCACAACUGUACUUGGCAUGGAGUGAAGGUCUGGACCGUUGCAGCCCUGGCUGGCUGUCUGAUGGCAGUGUGCGCUACCCCAUCACAUCCCCCAGAGAGCGCUGUGGAGGGCCUCAGCCAGGUGUUAAAUCCCUCUACCGCUUCACCAACCAAACUGGUUUCCCAGAGCCAUCCAGCCUUCAUGACGUUUAUUGUUUGAAAGAUAGCAGAAAAGCUGCCACUGAAUCUCCUAUGGACUACAUGGCCACAGAACCUGAAGACAUUGGGCAAGAUGUUGUUAUUCUUAUGGAAACAGCUCAAGAGCUCCAACUGAACCAACAUGCAGAGCAAGUGGAGCGAGAGGCUCAAAGUGUCCUUGAAUCUUUUCCCUUUGUCUCCCACCCUUCCACCAAGGAAAACCUGGUUGACACACAUCCAACAGUCAUAUCAGACACAACAGAGUCUCCCCUCAACACCACAUCUACAUUUGACCUCCUUCAACAAUUGGUUGAAAAUUCAUCUCCUACAGAAAUGAGCUAUCACUCCCAGCACCCUACAGCACUGAUGAACAGCCCUAUCAGCAGCACAGAAACCUAUGAUUUCCCACAAAACACAUCAUUACUGCCCAGUUUUUACAAUGAGACAGAUUCCCACCAGAACCUCAACUUCACCUUUCACCAAUUUGAACUUGAAAACACCACAGGGUUUCCUGAACCAUCAUUUGAACCUCACUCACAUAACUGGACAGUACCAGACACAAACCCUGAGAGGCCAAUGGAUUCCCAGGAACUUCAAGAGACCAACUUGGAUUUAAGCAGAUCACAAGCCAAUUACAGCGAGGCAGAGAGCAACCAUACUCAAGAGGAGAAUGUCCUGGAGGCAGCCCCAAUCACGCCUGACAACAUGCUCCAUCUGAAGCUUGAAGAAGCAGCAGUAGCAGGCCCUGGGCAGAUGUCUCUCUCGACUCAGUUGCCAAUUGAGGAAGGACAGCUUCUUACACAAACUACCCAAGCUACCAUCAAAAAGCUAACUUCAUUGUGGCUCCCUCUUGAUGGGUCUGGAGAUAUUUCUCAAGAGAGUGACCUUGAUGUAGAAGCUGUCAGUUUCACCUCCACAUCAGAUUCUUCUUAUGGCUUCACCACUCACCCGUCACCUUCUACUUCAGCUAGCAGCGCUCCUGCUGAGCCUCGGACUGCACUCCCAGAUCCAACGUCUUCAUCUGGGUCACAAAAUACUGACAAACUUGGCUUGGAUAUCCUCUCCACAGCAGCACAAUUGUGGGAGUCAUCCAUUUCUAGACAGGAAGGAAGUACAAGCUUAGAAACUGAAAACACAGUCACCAUGGAAAGUGAGGAAAAACAGCUGCACACGACAAAGGCUGAAGACAAUCUUACUUCUGGAGUAAGUUUAGCUACAACUGAGUCUCCAGAUGGGUCGAACACCUCUCAGUUGCCUACUGAUUCCGCAACAGCACGGUAUCAGACAUCGGGGUACAGAGUGUAUUUGGAUCCUGUGACUACUACUUAUGAAGAGGCAAGUGGACAGGAGCCUGGUACAUUUACUGCAGUCCUUGGAGAAGACGUUAAAGUUGCUCCAAACCUUGAAGACGAUGUUAGAUUUAGCCAAAUCCUUGAAGAGGAAAUUAAAGUUUCCCCAACUGCUGAAGAGGAGGCUAAAGUUUUCUUUUCACUGGAACAGGAAGUUAAAGUUUCCCCAACCACUGAAGAGGACAUUGCAGUUACCCCAACAACCGAAGAGGACAUUACAGUUAUCCCAACCCUUGAAGAUGACACUAAAGUUGCCUCAACCUUUGAAGAAGCUGAAGUUUCCUUUUCACUGGAAGAGGGACUUCCAGUUGCCCCAAUCCAUGAAGAGGAAACUGGUGUUGCCCCAACACUUGAAAAAGCUAAAGUUGCCCCAACUUUAGAAGCUAACAUUUCCCCAACUUUAGAAGCAGAAGCUAAUGUUGCCUCAACCCUUGAAGAAGAAGCUAACAUCACCUCAACCCUUGAAGAAGAAAGUAAGAUUUCUCUUACUUUAGAAGAAGAAGCUAAUGUUGACUCAACCCUUGAAGAAGAAGCUGACAUCCCCUCAACCCUUGAAGAAGAAGCUAACAUUUCCCCAACUUUAGAAGAAGAAGCUAACAUUGCCUCAACCCUUGAAGAAGAAGCUAACAUCACCUUAAGCCUAGAAGAAGAAGCUAACGUUGCCCCAACCCUUGAAGAAGAAGCUAACGUCACCUCAUUCCUUGAAGAAGCUAAUGUUGCCCCAACAUUUGAAGAAACUAACAUUGCCCCAACCCUUGAGAAAAAAGCUAAUGUUUCCACACCCUUCGAAGAAGCUACCAUUGCUCCAACCAUUGAAGAAGACACUAACAUUACUUCAACCGCUGUAGAAGAAGCUAACGUUGCCUCAACCCUUGAAGAGGAAACUAAUGUUGCCCCAAUGCUUGAAGAAGCUAAAGUUGUCCCAACCCUUGAAGAAAAGGCUAACAUCUCAACAACUUUAGAAGAAGUAGCUAACACCACCCGAACCCUUGAAGAAGCUAAUGUUGCCCCAACCCUUGAAGAAACUAACAUUGCCCCAACCCCUGAAGAAGAAGAUAAUUUUUCCCCACCCUUAGCAGAAGCUACCAUUGCCCCAACCAUUGAAGAAGAAGCUACCGUUGCUUCAGCCCUUGAAGAAGAAGCUAAAGUGGCCCCAACCCUUGAAGAAGCUAAUGUUCCCCCAACCUUUGAAGAAACUAACAUUGCCCCAACCCCUGAAGAAGAAGAUAAUGUUUCCCUACCCUUAGAAGAAGAAGCUGUUGUUACCUCAGCCUUAGAGGAAGAAGCUAAUGUUGCUUCAACUUCAGAAGAAGAAUAUAAUGUUGGUUCAACCUUAGAAGAAGAAGUUAAAGUUGCCUCAACCUUAGAAGAAGAACUUAAUGUUUCCUCAACCUUAGAAGAAGAAGCUAAUUUUGCUGCUGCCUUAGAAGAAGAAGCCAACGUUGCCUCGGGCCUUGGAGAAGAAGGUAACGUUGCCUCAACCAUUGAAGAGGACUUUACCAUCUCUCCUCUUGAAUCUCAAACAUCUAACUGGGCUCUGCUGACAACCACAAUAGGACCCCAAGAAUCUCUGAAAGAUCUUGAGUACAGCAGAAAAACCUCCUCCAUCACCUCCACAGUAGCUCCAGAUUCCUCCUCUAGUACAAAGCCCUCCUCUGCUACGACAAAGACGACCGCUGCCAACAUCACAACCACCACACACUGGUCCAGACAUACCUGGAGCCCAACCACCUCAAUACCGAGAGUUUUCCACAAGACAACGGAACCCCAGAAGGUGACGCACCUCAUACCACCAGUGGAUCAGGGUCUGGUAGAUGUUGAGUUUAGGCUCAUCCAGCCACCAACCCUGCAUAUCUUGCCCAAUGAGAGGGCAGCUGUAGGCGGUACAGGGAAAGUUUCAGAUGCCUGUAAGGACGACCCCUGUCUCAAUGGGGGCACCUGUACAGACCGAGACGGGCAGAUUAAAUGUCUCUGUUUGCCAACAUAUGGAGGACACCUCUGUCAGACCGACCUGGAGCGAUGUGAGCCAGGCUGGGAUAAGUUUCAUGGUUUCUGUUACCGACACUUCAGCCAGCGUCUGAGCUGGGAGGCCGCGGAGCAGCACUGUCGCAUGCAAGGAGCUCAUCUGGUGUCCGUCAUGACCCCCGAGGAACAGAGUUACAUCAACAGCAACUACAAGGAAUACCAGUGGACCGGUCUGAAUGAUAAGACCAUCGAGGAUGAUUUCCGCUGGUCUGAUGGCAACCCACUGCUGUACGAGAACUGGUACAGAGGGCAGCCGGAUAGCUACUUCCUCUCCGGAGAAGACUGUGUGGUGAUGGUGUGGCACGAUGACGGACGCUGGAGUGACGUGCCCUGCAACUAUCACCUGGCCUACACCUGCAAGAAAGGCACCUCCUCAUGUGGCCCACCACCAAAGGUCCGAAACACCUUCAUAUUUGGAAAAGCUCGACAGAGAUAUGAAACCAACGCAGUUGUACGUUAUCACUGCGCCCAGGGUUUCCAGCAGAGACUAAAUCCUCUGAUCAAAUGUCUGUCUGGGGGCACUUGGGAGAGGCCACAAAUCCUCUGCAUCCCUGAGGCUGGAAGUCCAACCCAGCACCCUGACGUGACGUCACCGACCAACGACAACUUUGCAGCGAAUGAAGAUGAGUUUGAAGCCACUAAAGAGACACCACAGUACUGGGACAUCAAGUUUUAAAAGUCAGCCACGCUUUCCUUGUCUUGUUUUCUUAAACUCUGCUGUUGUAACAUGACAAGGUGUAAAGAACCGAAUGCUUUUACCAAUGAAUGCUCAAACAGGACAAAAUGAACCACAAAAAACACAGAAACACAGGUCAAACUGAACUGAACUUCCUCUUUGCCUUAGUGCACAGAGAGGAGCUAAUUUUCUUUGGAGGGAGACACUGUUUACUUAAAAAACAUUCCUAUUUUUUGAUGUCCUUUAAAAUACAUUUUAAUGUAUUUGGUUAAGGGGAUUUUAGGGGUUAAUGCAGUGACUGGCAGAGCGAAAAAGAGGCUAAAGUGAUUACCUGAUGAGUCCUAAUACAGUAAAUGUGUCUAAAUUACUAUGCCAGCUCCAAAUCUACAUUAUAACUGUUCUCUUUGUGGUUUUUCUUACAUCAAAAACCUUUUUAUAAAAUGGUGCUAAUGUCUUCAAGACCUUUCAAUCCAACAGAGAUUUUUGUUUUCAGUGUGACAUAGGAGUAGAAAACAUGUUCAUGGUUUUUCAAAGAAUCCUACAACUCCAAAGCACAAAGUCAACCUUAACAAAGAGUCAAUAAAUACUGUACAUAUAUUAGUUUUCAAACCUGUGAUGCUGUCCGCAUUUUUUUGAGAGAAACCUUUGACUUCCUGCAGACACAGUUUUGUUCGUCAGCUUUAUGUUGUAAUAAAGUUUUGUAGAACAGAGCAAAGAAUAAAU